CGGCUCUCACGAGAAUACCCAUCCCACGUUCCCAAAGCCACAGGUGAAAGUAGUUGCAACGAACACUUCCGGCUUUCUCUCGGAACGGACCGCAGAGCGACGGCGAAGAAGGGGGGCGCGAGCCUUGGGCUGCGCGUGGAGCCAAUUCCUCUUCUGUGCUUCAUAGUCAACCUCCGUUCGUCCCUCACCGACAGACUCGGGAGGCCUGUUCGGCUGAGGAGGUGGAGGAAUUCUUCCCCAAUCAUGGAGUCCCCAGGGCGCCUGCCGGGCAUCGGGGUCACCAGGGUCCUCACGGUAAUUCCUGGCCGCGGAGCCUUUGCUGGAAGGGUGCGGGGUGACCGGCUCUUGCUGGGCUGAGCCACGAUCAUCCUGUGGGUGGAGCCGUUCCCUAGUUGGAGCCAGAGGAGAAGGAGCUCUGCGGUUUCUUGGUUUCUUCUCAAAGGCUUUCCUGCCAGCCAAGCACAAUCCUAGCAUUGGAGCAAAUAGGGGGUCAAAAUGCUGAUAACGGUGACGCCACCCUAUGAACCUAUCCUUCUCCAAUCACAAGUUCCACCUCCACCUAUUCUACCAAAACCUGGAACUGACAAUCUUAAGCUACAGAAGCUUCUGAAAAAAACAGCAAAGAAGAAGGCCACCUUAUCAGCACAAUCAACUACAUCAUUCCGGUCUAAUCUGUCUCCUGUAAGUGAAGCUAGUCCAGACCUGGAGCACAAUGAACGCACUUCCCCACUCAAGCCAACAGAAAAUGAAUUCCGCCUCACUAUCAAUCUUCCACCUCGUUUUUCGGUCAAGCCCAUCAUCCAUCAUGUUCCAUCUCCUUUUCCUAAAGCAAAACCCUUCACAUUCACAGUUACAGAACAGAGGAGCCUCUCAGAGCAUCUCAAACUAACAGUCUCACCUGCCAUAUCUCUGCAUUACAGACCGACAACUCCCGAAUCACCAAGGCAAUCUACAGAGUUCUCUUUAGUUCCCCCUACUCUCUCGUCCCCUGCCUUUGUUUCUCAUGAACAUCCCAUUUCCUACACUCCUCAAGUGGAGACUCCAGUCAUGGUCACUCAUGUGGCUGAAACGCGUUCCUCUUUUCAUAGCGUGCAAGCGCCAAGGGUUAAGUCUCCACUAAUAGGACAACCAGAGGAAUAUCCAAGUCGUGUUCAUUUGCAAACCAACUAUGCAGCUCCACUAUCAAGCCAGACAUAUGAAACAUCUUUUGUACAGCAUCCCAGGUCACUCACACCCAAGCUACAUGUUUCUGCACCCCCUGAGCCACCCGCCAGGAAAAUGAAAGCUGAAAAAUACUCCAUAUCCCUAGACAGUAUACAGUGGUUACAUCCCCAACUCAUCAGCUGGACAGGCCUGUAACUCCACGAAGCAGCAAAAGCCCUGAACUACAGACUGAAGUCCAGAGACAGCCAGCUUCCAACAGAUCACAGUACAUGGGGCCAGAAACAAUCCUUCCUGCACCAUCCACUGUCAGUGUGCAGGAGUUUUUGCCAGGAAAGAUAAACCAGCAAGCUGUAUCAGUGGCACCGCCACCGCCACCAUCUGUCUCCCAAAGUCCUGCCAGCUCGUCACCCAAAUCAAAGCCAGCAGUGCCCCCCAAAAGCAAACUUAGUGGCUGGUCUCGUCUCAAAAAACACUUGGUAGUGGAAUCUGAUGUUCCUCAGUUCCCAGUCUCAGAAUCUGAACCAGAGCAAGGGAGAGAAAAGCCAAUAACUGAAAUCUCAGAAGUGGAUCCAGGUCAGGAGAAAAAAGGAACCAAGUCAAAAGCCAUCAAGAUGUGAGAUGCCAUCUUGUACCAGAUGACAAUCAACAAGGAAAAAAGACCACAA